AACAUGUAAUCUCCAAGAAUGGCAAAGCUUGACAUAGAGCUUGUACUAACAUUACAUGGAUCUGUUCGGGGGCGCCCGGUUGUUGCAGCGUUCUAUGCGGCGUCAUCGGUGGUGGAAUCAGUGAGGAAAGCCCAAGAGGAGAACUCGGCCCUCAUACUCUCCCGUGCUCUGCACAUGUGCAAAGAAUCGAUGGUUAAGGCAGAGACCUUGAUUCUGAUUGGGGACCCCAAAGACAUGAUCUGCCAGGCAACAGAGCAAAUGCACACGGAUCUCCUCGUCGUAGGCAGCCGCGGGCUCGGUAAGAUCAAAAGGGCAUUCUUAGGGAGCGUGAGCGACUACUGCGCGCAUCACGCGAAGUGCCCCAUCCUGAUCGUGAAGCCCCCAAAAGAAGCGAGCAAGCAAUGAGGGAGAUCGGUGAGAGAGAGAUCAAGCGGCGGUUGGUUUGCCGAUGGAAGAU